AAUAUAUCCUAAAUUAAUACAGAUGCCAAUUUAUAACGAAGUUUGGGAAGAGGAAGGUAAUUCAUACAUCCUAUUAAACAGAUUUCAUGUUCAGAAAUAUGAUCAACCUUUAAACAUUAACCAAAAAUCAUGUUAAAUUGUUGGAUAAUCUAAAAUUUGAGUUUGUCGAAUAUAAAGUAUUCAUAUCAAAUUAUCAAUUAGGCAAAUCAAUUACUUGCUUGUCACCUCUAUGAUAGAAUGGCAUCACAUUGCAAAAAUCAAUUUGGUCUAUUUGAAGACUCCUAUGUGCCUGAAUGUUUGGAUGCAAGAAAUUAUUUCUAAUUGUGCGUCAGAAUGAAUGCCUCAUAUGGGUUAGCUAAAAAAUAUUUCCCAGAGUAGCUUUUUUAUUCAUUUUAGAUAUUUCUUAACCAACGAAUACUCAAGACCAAAUCCAAAUUUCAAAGAAUUAGGACUUUGAAAACAUUAUUCAUAAACAAUACAUUAAUAACACAAAACAUUUAUAAAG